AUGGCCUCCUGCACCACCAGCUUCUGUGGAUUUCCCAGCUGCUCCACCGGUGGGACCUGUGGCUCCAGCUGCUGCCAGCCAAGCUGCUGCCAAACCAGCUGCUGCCAGCCAACCUGCUGCCAGACCAGCUGCUGCCAGCCAACCUGUUGCCAGACCAGCUGCUGCCAGCCAACCUGCUGCGGGACCGGCUGUGGCAUCGGCUGUGGCCAGGGGGGUUGCUGUGGUGCUAUGAGCUGCAGAACCAGGUGGUGCCGCCCUGACUGCCGCGUGGAGGACACCUGCCUGCCCCCCUGCUGUGUGGUGAGCUGCAUCCCCCCAACCUGCUGCCAGCUGCACCAUGCCCAGGACUCCUGCUGCCGCCCAUCCUACUGUGGACAGUCCUGCUGCCGCCCAGCCUGCUGCUGCUACUGCUGCCAACCCACCUGCUAUGAGCCCACCUGCUGCCAGCCCACCUGUUGA